CUUUCGAAUAUAAUUAUGACUUCUUCUAAUCUAUGUGGAGCGACCUAUUUAAGCCCCUUUUAUCCCAAAAACAAACUACUACCAAUUAGGGGUUUUUCGGGUCCAGUCGGGUCAUCAACGAUCAAAGGGCUGGUAGCAACAAAGCUAUUGAACAAGCAGGUGGAAUGCCCUCAUUAAAACCUCCAUAUGAUGAUAGGAUCAGAACCCUCUAUGUGAGCGGGUUGGAUAAAAUAAUUGAUGAGCAGGACAUAAGGGAUAAGUUCUCUGCACAUGGUGAAAUUGAGACUAUAAAAAUGAUUCCAUCACGAGACUGUGCUUUUGUUAUGUACACAAGUAGAGAAGGUGCAGAAAAGGCAGCUGGAGAGCUGUCAAACAUGCUUGUUAUCAAAGGGCAGAAGCUGAAGCUGAUGCGGGCCAGAUCUCAAACGCUGAAACCUGAAUCUCUAGUCUUUAAUGAAGCAAGGGAGAAAGCCUUCGGAAAGUUGCGCUCAAAUAAUACUAUUCUGAAGCUUCAGAGAACAGCACCAUACUCUUCCAGAAUCCAAGCUCAUGUUUGUGGUUUCUACAGUACCACAGAAUUAUCACCUAUUAAAGAUCGUUAUUAUGGGGUCAACGAAUCAACAGCAAUGAAGCUGCUGAACAAGGCAGGCGAAAUGCCCUCACUAGAACCUCCAGAUGAUGAAAGCAUCAGAACCCUCUAUGUGGGCGGGUUUGAUAAAAGAAUCGAAGAGCCGGAUCUAAGAGACAACUUCUGUGUUCAUGGUGAAAUUGAGACAAUAAAAAUGGUUCCCUCGCGAGAUUGUGCUUUUGUUACGUAUAUGACUAGAGAAAGUGCAGAAAAGGCAGUUAAAGAACUGUCAAACAAACUGGUUAUAAAAGGUUUGAGGCUGAAGCUGAUGUGGGGCAGGCCUCAAGCACCAAAACUUGAAUCCUCAGUCUCUGAUGAUGCGAAACAGCAAGUGGCGGUUCUCAGUGAAUUACUGAAAAAUCAUGUUCUUCAUCCACCGGGCAUUCAAGACCAACAUCCAGCAUUGCAUCAUUUCAAUAUCCCGCCAUUGGCGCCUCAUGAGGGGAGGGCAUAUUAUCCUUUGCAGGAUUCUCAAAGAACAGGAGCUGGUAUUCCAUCUCAUAAAGGAACUUUUAGUGGCUCAAAUGAGACCAUUAGUGGUUCUCAGAAGCACCAAGCAGCAGGAACCCCAUAGCUGCCCAACAUUAGAGUUUUUGUCCACUGUGUAUAAGUAUUUUAAUAAUAUUAGCAGUCUUUAUGAUGAUUGCCUGUAAUUUUAAUCAUAAAAUUAUAAUAUUAAAUUAUAAGUAACUUCAA